AGCAUCACAGCAGUGUUGUUAUUAGUACGUGUAGUUUUCGUAUUUGGUGCCGCAUUUCAAAACUUUUACUUGAUAACUAACUUAAAUUUGACAUAACGUGGCUCAUUCAGAAGUUUCUUUUCAAGUACACUAGUCAAGAAUAUCUAGCAAGAUUGUUUUUACUUGCCCUCCUGACAGAAAUAGUUUAGUUUUAGCGUUUAUUUUAUUUUAUUUUAUUUUAAGGUUCACCGACAGUUAUUACAUUGAGGCUUACAUCUAUUCAAACAUUAAUUACAUGCUAAAUGUAUAACUAAUUACUGGUAAACACCACAUGCGAAUAAUUUAAAAGCAAAGUCAACGACAAAGCCGACUCAUUUGAACACCUUAUUAUUGUAGAAUAAGGAGCAAACCACGUUGUUGGACGUUGAUCAAUACCAGUGUCAACGUAAACAAUAAUGGCCAAACCCAGAAGCGAAUUUAGGUUCUUUUUCUUCGCUGGUGGUAUAUUUAUUUGCUAUUUCAUAUUUGGAAUGCUUCAAGAGAAAAUAACACGUGGGCUAUACGGAGACAAUGAACAGUUCACUUGCACAUUGUCACUGGUUUUGGUUCAGUGCGUGGUGAACUAUACUUUUGCCCAGAUUUUGAUGCUUUCUUGGAAACACGAGAAGGACACAACUAGAAAGAUUUACUAUUUUUCGUCUGCAUUAACUUAUCUGCUGGGUAUGGUGAGCUCUAACAUCGCCUUACAAUGGAUCAACUAUCCAACGCAGGUUGUCGGGAAAGCAGCCAAGCCCAUACCUGUAAUGAUCCUAGGGGUACUAAUUGGUCGCAAAGUGUACCCUCUUAAAAAGUACCUUUUUGUAUUUCUCAUAGUUUUGGGUGUAGUUCUCUUCAUGUUCAAGGAUCAGAGUAAAAAGGUAGCUCAUGAGAGCCAGGGCUUCGGCAUUGGUGAGCUGAUGCUGUUCCUUUCAUUGACCAUGGAUGGUCUCACUGGAGCUGUGCAGGAACGGAUUAAAAGUGAGUCCUCGCCAUCUGCCUAUUCAAUGAUGGUCAAUACAAAUGGAUGGUCAUCAAUAAUCUUAUCAAUUGGCGUCUUAUUGACUGGUGAGAUCUUCCGGUUCAUCGCUUUUGUGUCCAAGUAUCCUGAAGUACUGGUGCACCUUGCGGGCCUGGCAUUCAUGGGAGCCUUAGGGCAACUGUUCAUAUUUUUCAUGGUGUCAGAAUUUGGGCCUCUCCCGUGCUCGGUGGUAACCACUACGAGGAAGUUCUUCACAGUGCUGGCUUCGGUGCUCAUAUUCGGCAACGUGCUGCUCGGGCGGCAGUGGAUAGGCGCCACUAUAGUAUUCACUGGUUUGUUCCUGGACAUUUUGUACAGCAAAGGAAAAGGUCAGGCGUCGAAAAAGGUAACAGAAAAAUAACUUAUGUAAUUAAUUUCGAACAAAUAAAUUUUUACGAAUCAAAGUUACAUUAUAUUUUAAAUUGGCUGUUUUAACUCACAGAAAAACAAGUAAAUAAAUUUACAUCACUGAAUUUAAAGCUACCAAGAAUAAAACAAUGAAAACAAAAUAGCUCGAACGAGUUUGUGAAGUGUAAUAGAAAACCGUGAUACUAGUGCAAUGGAUAAAUUAUGCAUAUAGAGAAAUGAUAUUGUAUUUUUAUACUUAUAUUAUGAUUAAAAAUAAACUGUAUGUAUAUAAAAAAGUGCCAGGGGUCAAAUGCACUGUUAUUUUAAGUACCUAUAUGAAAUAAAAAAACCUUAUUCCAAAGCUGUAAACGA